UUUCAUGCAUGACUUCAUUGUCGGCAAUGUUGCAAUGUCGGAUGUUGCGAAGUGAACGAGAUGAAGCCACAAAUUGUUGCAGAUGAGUAGGAGGAGGCUGGAAGGAUCAAUGAGAGCAGGUCCACUUGAGACACCAGGCCCCAAAGUGCUGAAAGAUGAGGGCCUGGUAUACACCAUCCUGAUGUGCUUGAGCCUGAGAGAAGCAAGACACUUGUGGCGUCUGCGGCGCACCUUUUUCAAAGUGCUGAAGGACAAGGUAGUGCCACUUCUGGCCCUUGCUGAAAGGGAUUGGAGCGUCGUCAGAGUCUUCAUGGACAGCGGGGCCUUUCGCUACAAUCUGGACUCAGUCUUCACCGAGGCCGUUCUGGACAGCGACUUCGAGGGCUUGAGGAUGCUGGCAGAAAGGAAAUACACUUUCAACCAGCAAGACUUCGCGGCCUCGGAUGCAAGGCUGACCUCCUUCGUGCAGAAGGCUUUGCGCAAGGGCUACGUUGACAAGCUCUCCUUGCUGCGAUCCCUGCGCUAUGAUCUUGACCAGGAGGUGCAGUUGUGCCUGGCAAAAGGGGGUGUUGCGGAGCAGCUGCUCAGUGAAGGGUCCAUUACGGUGGACUUUCUGGGAUCCAGGAAUUCAUUUCGCUUCUCAAUGCUGGACUUGGCAACCACCUCGUACGCAGAGAAGAAGAUCCACAGUCUUUGCAAGCAUCGUAUCUACUUGUACAAAGUUCCUUUUGUGCUGUCCUCUUUUCUGAAGGCAGGUGCAGCCACCAACGCCUUUCUCCAGGUCGACAGCUGUGGGUAUCUUUUGCUACUGGCUUUGGCCGCAGAGUCCUUUAACUUUGUGUAUUUGCUGGUGCAGGAGGCCGUGAACUUGCAAGAGGUGCUCGCGAGAUACAGCUCCGAGCUUUUGCAGAUGGUGAGUAAGGCGAUGGGUGCCCGACCCGGUGUUUUGGACCUCCUCCACUUUUGUGGCUACCAGCUUUCGCAGGAGCAGCAGCAGUUCGAUGUUCAUGUGUUGGCCUCCAUCAAGUCCAAGGACUUCGCAACAGUAGAGCGAAUUUCGAAGUUGGGCUUUGACCUGCAGAAUUUCGCAGAGCGCGAGCAGGCUGCAUUAAGCCCUUGGCUUCAGCAAGGGUUGCAGGACUUGUGUGAAUCUGAUGUGUCCGAUGAGCAGACAGAAGGUACAUCGUCGACCAAUAUGGCAGGGGCCAUACGAAGCCUCGCUGAAAUUGACAGGCGAGUCCUGGAGCUUCAUUUCCAGAGCCAAGUGUUCUUAGACUAUGCUGGGGAGCUGAUGUCCAACAAGGAGUUUGUUCAGAUGAGACACCUCGUGGAGGUUCAUCCCUUUGCCUUCAAGGCUUACUUUGAGGAGAACUACAAAGCCAUGGAGGAUCUGUUGUUUGAUGCCUUUUGCCGACGGCAGAUUGCACUGAUUGUAGAUUUGACAUCCCUGCAUUUGCCGAUUGCCCCCUUCCUGGAAAGCCACCAGGAAGAGCUGGACACGGUGCUGCAGCAAUCGUGGUUUGCCUCCAAGGCAUGGACCGAAUUGGUCAUGCUUCGCUUGGAGGUCCGGGCCUUUGACUUUGCCUCCUUUUUCCGGAGGACGUCGGAUCACAUUGAUUUUGCUGUCAUUGACAUUAUCAAAGAUGGAUAUUGGUUUGAUUUGCACAAGCUGGCACAACUGGACUUUGAUUUUGACCAGUUUUUUGACCGUCGCUUUGCCGAGGUUUCAUCGGCGGUGAUGCAGUUUAUGACAAUGCCACAUCCUCACUUCGUUCUGCUCCGGGAGCUCUCAGCGCUGAGAUUCCCGUGGGAUCGUUUCAUGGAGGAACAUGGCAGCUGUAUUUUGUCCUCAAAGGAUCCUGAAUAUCUGCAAUUCCUCAUCUCCCUUGGUAGCUUUGAAGUGGGUUCAAAGGUGUACCGUGUUGUGGAGCAGACCUGCAAAUUGUACCACUCGAUGGCCAGCAGCAUGUUUAACAGCACAACGCUGGUCCCGACUCAAGAUCUUCCUGAAGACCAGGCAUGCGAAGCCCGGGAAGCCUGUGAAGCCCCGAUGAUGGGGAGCAUCGAGGCUCAGGUACCAGAAGAGGUGCCUCAAACAGGGCCGGCUGAGUCUGAGAGCUCCAGCUCCAGCUCCAAGGCCACGACAAUGGCGCGAGCCAAGGAGUUGGCAAGGCUUGCUAGUGAGAAGAAGAUUGAUGCGAAGAAGGUUAUGGCACUGUUGAUUUGCCGGGGCAUGUACUGCUGGAAUCCCCUCAAGGCUUACGCUGAUGAUGCUGACUCUGAUGGGAAGGAUUCUCGAGUUUGGUCGCAGAUCGAAAGCGUGUUGAACUUUUUGGACGCCAAAGACGAAGUCCCACAGGAAGGCUGCUUGGAGGCGAUUGGAGUUCUCGUGGUGGAUUCUCUUGGACGGCGGUCCUAUUCCGUCAUCCUCCACCUUCAGGCUUUUGAUUCUUCCUUGGUUUUUCGACAAGGUACCAGGCAGCACGCUUCUAGUCAUGCCCGUCCACUGUCCACUGAUUCAUCGCACUGAACAAUGGAAGGGCCAGAGUACGAGAAAUCUCGUUCCAAUCAGAACUGGGAGAAGAAUCCUUCACUCUUCGUUAUCAGAUUUGAGCAAGUUUUGAUUGGAUUGCAAAAGUUGCAGGUGCAUGAGGUUGAUAAUGAUAGGUGGCGCAACCACAACUCUUACGUAGCAGACAGAAUCAUCAACAUCAGCCGGAUUGAAAAGAACACUUGAACAAUUUGUUGUAGACUUUGAAAAGCGCAGUUUUCAAUUAGCCAUCCUGGUUUCCAGACACAGAAAGGAUAACCAUCUCCUUUCCUGGUGCAACUUGGCUAUGAUAGUAGUGGGCAAGUCAGUACUGUAUUUACGUGGGCUCAAACUGAUCAGUGACAUUGUAGAAGCAGCGGAAGAUGCCGAAGAACUCCACUGGCGCUAGUGCUGUUGAUUCCUAUUCCUUUCCAAGUUGAUCUUUGGGUGAUGUUCUUAGAAUGGUUAAGUUGGAAGAAGCCUGUCAGCACAGGUGUUACGGGCAUUUUGGCUGCUAUUGGCAGCUUCUUAUGCUUGCGACAUAUUCAAUGGGCAGAUCCAGUAGCAAUUCUUCAAUUAGAACAUUUCCCGCCACCCACUGAAGUUUUAGAAAUUUUGAUCCGAAUUGAUCCAGACAGUGUACUGUAGACUGUUUGUCAGCGAUGGAAUUCUUAUUAUAUAGACACCUCUGCGUGAACAUGUUUUUUGUGCACAGGUGCCAGGUCGAGACCUCAGACUGUAGCGAUGCCCUUGUUACUAGUAGUUUCUUGUUCCUAGUAGUAAUGCCCUUGUUAGGAGAGAGGAACUACUAGUAAUGCACUGUGCUACUAGUACCUUCUUGUUCCUGGCAAAUCUGUGUUGGUUUUUGAUGACAAUGUUUGUUUGCGAGGUUGGCCGCAGCCACCAAUGAU